AACUCGGAAGCGACUAAGAAUCAACCUCAUGUCUCGUCUCUUCUACUAAUUUCGUUCUAAAAACUAACAUCUUUUUGUUUCCUUUAGCCACCAAAAAUCAAACAAUUAAGGAAUCCCAAAACCCAAAUCAUUCGAUUUCUUCUCCAGAAAUCAUUUCAUUUUUCCUUGUUUUUGAUAGAUCUCUGAGAUUUCACUCAAAUUUGUGAUCUAAGCCCCCCUUAUUUUGAUUCGGCUACCAAAGCGUAGCCUCUUUCUUGUGCUCUAGAACGACCCUCGGUUUUGCCACUAUUUAAGGCGUUACCGCCUUUCUGAGAAGCCCUAGCUUUGCGGUUUGUUUGGCUAGUUGUGUAUAGAUUUCGGUUUAUCUAGGUUUUCGAAUCUGGUUUCUAGGAGAUUAGGAUUGUGAUAUGAAUAGUAGAGGGAGGUAUCCACCGGGGAUCGGUGCUGGCCGUGGUGGCGGAGUGAACGCGAGCCCUAGCUUUCAGUCCAGGCCUUCGCAACAGCAGUACGUGCAGAGGAAUUUGGUGCAGAAUCACCAGCAUUUUCAACAACAGCAGCAGCAGCAGCAUCAUCACCAGCAACAGCUGUGGCUCAGACGAAACCAAUUGCCCGGCGGCAAUGACUCUAAUGUGGUCGACGAGGUCGAGAAGACCGUGCAAUCCGAAGCCGUCGACUCUAGCUCGCAAGAUUGGAAGGCAAGGCUAAAGAUGCCACCGCAAGAUACACGCUACAAAACAGAGGAUGUGACAGCUACCAAAGGAAAUGAAUUCGAGGACUAUUUUCUAAAACGUGAACUACUUAUGGGAAUAUAUGAGAAGGGUUUUGAAAGGCCUUCUCCUAUUCAAGAAGAGAGUAUUCCUAUUGCUUUAACUGGAAGUGAUAUUCUUGCUAGAGCCAAGAAUGGAACUGGGAAGACAGCGGCAUUUUGCAUUCCUACCUUGGAAAAAAUUGACCAAGAUAACAAUGUUAUUCAAGCUGUCAUACUUGUUCCAACAAGAGAACUGGCUCUUCAGACAUCACAAGUCUGCAAAGAGCUUGGGAAGCAUUUACAAAUUCAAGUCAUGGUCACAACUGGAGGUACCAGUCUCAAGGAUGAUAUCAUGAGACUGUAUCAACCUGUCCACUUGCUGGUUGGAACUCCUGGGAGAAUUCUGGACCUUGCUAAAAAAGGUGUUUGCAUUUUGAAAGAUUGUUCAAUGCUUAUCAUGGAUGAGGCAGAUAAACUUCUGUCUCCGGAGUUUCAACCAUCUAUAGAGCAGUUGAUACAAUUUCUUCCAGCGAAUCGUCAAAUUUUGAUGUUUUCAGCUACAUUUCCUGUUACUGUCAAGGACUUUAAAGACAGAUACCUUAAAAAGCCUUAUAUUAUUAAUCUAAUGGAUGAGCUUACUCUGAAGGGUAUUACUCAAUAUUAUGCCUUUGUGGAAGAAAGACAGAAAGUUCAUUGCCUAAAUACUCUUUUCUCUAAGCUGCAAAUAAACCAAUCAAUCAUUUUCUGCAACUCGGUAAAUCGGGUGGAGUUGUUGGCCAAGAAAAUUACAGAACUUGGCUACUCUUGCUUUUAUAUCCAUGCAAAAAUGCUUCAGGACCAUCGUAACAGAGUAUUUCAUGAUUUCCGCAAUGGUGCAUGCAGGAACCUUGUUUGUACUGAUCUUUUUACGAGGGGUAUAGAUAUCCAAGCUGUUAACGUUGUUAUUAACUUUGACUUCCCCAAGAACUCAGAAACAUACCUUCAUAGAGUUGGUCGAUCGGGAAGGUUUGGUCAUCUUGGAUUGGCUGUGAAUUUGAUCACUUAUGAGGACCGCUUUAACUUGUAUAGGAUUGAACAAGAACUUGGAACUGAAAUUAAGCAAAUACCUCCACACAUUGAUCAGGCAAUUUACUGCCGAUGAUUAAUGGUAGAUGUUUCCUGUUCAGCCUAUGAUGGUAAUCGACGGGUUAAUGAAGGUGGUCAGUCAAGGUGUUUGCCCUGGCAGAUGGAUGCCAUGUUAAGUGUUGGUAGAAGACUGUUAUUGCUACUGUAUGUGCAUGUAAUCUUCUAUCGAUUCCUCGAAUUCCUGUUUUCGAUUUAGUUUAACAUAUGUUUGGUACUGUUAUGGUAGUCUCAUCAUAUGGUGGAAAGGAUGUAGCUUUGUGCAAGGAACUUAUGUGUUGUUUUAUGUUGGUGCAGUUGCUCACCUUUGUCGUAUGGAUAAAUAAAA